AUGGAUUUACCCGGGAACCUCACCUAUCCUUCCCUCUCCGCUCCCGCCCCUUUGGAAACCAACCGCAGCCUCGAGGCAGAAGACCCGCGCCCCAGCCCGCCUCUCCUCUCUGUCUUCGGCGUGCUUGUUCUGACCUUGAUGGGCUUUCUGGUAGCAGCGACAUUCGCUUGGAACCUGCUGGUGCUGGCGACCAUUCUCCGUGUGCGCACCUUCCAUCGCGUUCCGCACAACCUGGUGGCGUCCAUGGCCAUCUCGGACGUGCUGGUGGCAGCUCUGGUCAUGCCACUGAGCUUGGUGCAUGAGCUGUCGGGGCGCCGCUGGCAGCUGGGCCGGCGGCUGUGCCAACUGUGGAUCGCGUGCGACGUGCUCUGCUGCACGGCCAGCAUCUGGAAUGUGACGGCCAUCGCGCUGGACCGCUACUGGUCCAUCACCCGCCACCUGGAAUACACGCUGCGCACCCGUAAGCGCGUCUCCAACGUGAUGAUCGCCCUCACCUGGGCGCUCUCGGCAGUCAUCUCCCUGACCCCGCUGCUCUUCGGCUGGGGGGAAACCUACUCUGAGGGCAGCGAGGAGUGCCAGGUGAGCCGCGAGCCCUCCUACACAGUGUUCUCCACCGUGGGCGCCUUCUACCUGCCGUUCUGCGUGGUGCUCUUCGUAUACUGGAAGAUCUACAAGGCCGCCAAGUUCCGCGUGGGCUCCAGAAAGACCAACAGCGUCUCACCCUUAUCCGAGGCUGUGGAGGUGAAGGCCUCUGAUCAGCAGCCCGAGAUGGUGUUCACCGUCCGCCACGCCACUGUCACCUUCCAGACCGAAGGGGACUCAUGGAGGGAACAGAAGGAGCAGAAAGCUGCCCUAAUGGUGGGCAUCCUCAUUGGGGUGUUUGUGCUCUGCUGGAUUCCCUUCUUCACCACGGAGCUCAUCAGCCCCCUCUUCUCCUGCGACAUCCCCGCCAUCUGGAAGAGCAUUUUCCUCUGGCUAGGCUACUCCAACUCCUUCUUCAACCCCCUGAUCUACACAGCUUUCAACAAGAACUACAACAGCGCCUUCAAGAACUUCUUUUCUAGGCAACACUGA